CUUUCAAACUCAUUAAACAAAAAACGAAAGUCUGUUUUCCUCAUCACUUCCCCCUUCAAUUGCUGAAGCGCUAUAGAGAGAGAGAGAGAGAGAGAGAGAGAAUGAAGAAGAGUAAGAGUAGUUCACCGGAAAAACUUGAUAGGAAGUUGGUGGAGAGGAAUCGGAGAAUACAUAUGAAAGGUCUUUGUUUCAAGCUCACUUCUCUCAUCCCUCCCCAUCAUUUCAGACCCUCCAAGCAAGAUCAACUCGAUCAAGCUGCCGAAUAUAUCAAGCAAUUGAAAGAGAGAAUAGAGGAAUUGAAGGCAAGGCGGACCUUAGCGAUGGCCAAUACUAAUGAAACCAACAAGAAUAUCAAAGAUACGAUGAUGUUUGGACUCAGACUACCUGUGGUUGAAUUGAAAGAUUUAGGUUCAAGUUUAGAAGUGGUUUUGAUAAGUGGGUUGGAGAAGAAUUUCAUGCUAUAUGAAGUUAUUAGUGUUCUUGAGGAUGAAGGUGCUGAGGUAGUGAGUACAAGCGUUUCUACUAUGGGGGAUAGGGUUUUCCACACUCUCCAUGCUCAGGUGAAAGUUACUAGAGUUGGUGUGGAGACCUCAAGGGUAUGCCAGAGAUUGCAUGAAUUGGUUUGCUGAUUUGUUCUUUUCUUUUCUUGGUGGGGGGAGAAUAUUUUCUGUAAAUGAACCAUGCAUGAAGUGGUGGAUCCAGUUGAAGGAUGGAAAAUCCCUAAAAUUUCCCCACCUUAUUGCUUGUUUUCAUUAGGUUAUGAAGAAUGAGUCAACCCAAGGUAUCAAGUCAGCAAAUACAUAAAUCUACUACUAGGUUGUAGUCUUUUUUUUUGUUUUUUGUCUCGCAAUGGUAUUAUAGCUUUGUUUGGAAUGUGAGUUAGGUUUUUGGUCUUGUUUAAGAUGGAUUUUUUUGACUAUUUUAACUUUUGCGAGAGAAAAAAUUUAAUAAUUAUGAUUUAGAUGUGAUAAUUUUUAGUAUAGAAUUAAAAAACGUAUUUGAUCUUUUGUGACUAAAAUAACUCCAAUCCCACCCAAACUCGUAUGUCAAACGAGCACUAUGUAGCAUUUUUAUUCAACUUUUGUAUUGUUAGCUUGUACUUAAUAUUUACAUUGCAAUGGAAAAAAAGAAAAAGAAAAAAGAAGUAGAGAGUUUCAAUAUCAA